UACAUAUUGAAAGUGUAGUAUCGAAUUCCUCAAGAUUCACUAUUCUACAAUCGUAAACUUGUGGCGUGUUUUUUAGAUUAAAAGCUGACUUGUAACCGGUAAAUUGUCAUUUUGCAAUUAUUGUUGAAAACAUGGCUGGUAGAAGUGUGUUUAAUGAUUUCGACAGCAGAAAUAUGAAUAAACCAUUGCCGACAAGUCCACCUUAUGUGGCAUAUCUUGGAAAUUUACCACAAGGAAUAACACAAGGAGAUGUUGAAAAUAUAUUUUCACCUAAUCAGCUAACAAUUAGAAAUAUAAGAUUAGUCCAUGAUAAAGAGACUGAUGUUUUUAAAGGAUUUGGCUAUGUUGAGUUUGUUUCCCUAGAGCAUCUUAGUGAAGCAUUGCAAAUGGAAGUUUUUAUUGAAGGACAGAAAAUAAAAAUUGAUGUUGCUUCUGGAAAACGAAAUGAAAGAUCAGGAUUUGAUAGACAAAAUAGAGGUGGUAGAGGUCAUCCAGGAAGUUUUAAUAACAACCCGGGAAUGCGAAGUCGAUCUGAUGAUUUCACACAAAAUGCAGGAUUUGGAAACAAUUUCCGUAAUCAAAAUGGAAUGGGUGGUCGAAGUAAUUUUAUGGAUCAAGCUGGUGGCAACCGUGGAAUGAACAGGUAUCCAGAUAAUGGAUCAAGAGAUUUCAAUCGGCAAAAUGCACCACAAUUUCCUGGAAGUCGUGAGCGUAGAUCAGAAUUUGAUAGCUUACCAGCUCCACCACCUACUGAUCCUGGUAGGCCAAAAUUGCAAUUGAAACCAAGAACUAUUAAAGAGCCAUUAAAUCAAAUGGCUGAAACAACCCAACAUUCAACUAUAUUUGGGGCAGCCAAACCUCGGGAAGAGAAACCUCUUCCUGAUGUUGUAAAAAAGACAUCACCUCAUUAAUAAUGUUUUUGCCACUUCAACAUUCUAAUGGACAUUUCUUUUCUAUUUCUGAGAACUUGUGUUUUUUUACAUUUUAUCUUUUUUUUUUUUUUUUUUUUUCUUUUUUUUUUACAUAUUGCAAUAAAGCUAUUUAUAUGUACUGUGGCAAUAAGAAUUCCUUCACAGAAAUUGUAACUUUUGAAAUUUUAACUUCUGUGCUCUGUAUGUAUAAUUUUCACUUUAAGUAUGUAUUUAUAUAUAUGUACAAAAUAAGUACAUUUUAUACAUUUAACUGUACUCGUAUAGUUAAUAGUUUUAUUUAUAUAAGUGAUAAAUUUAGGUAUAUUUGCAUAAUUAUUAUUUGUAGUUAUUAGGUAGGUUUUCGUUUAUAUUAAUAUACUUAUAUUAAGUUAUUUGUAUAAAAUACUAAUUAUAAUUUACUAAACAACAUUAUAGUACGUCUUCAUAAACAAAAUUGUUUACAAUUAAAUACAGUUAU